GGCCACGUGGUCAACACCAACUGCUCCGCCGUGCACACCCGCCAGGCGCUGUGCUGCAAGAUGUCGGUGGAGUACGACAAGUUCAUCGAGUCCGGACGCAAGUGGUUCUGCCAUGUGGACGACGACAACUACGUGAACCCCGAGGGCCUCCUGCGGCUGCUGUCCGGCUUCUCUCCCAGCCGGGACGUCUACCUGGGGCGGCCCAGCCUGGACCACCCCAUCCAGGCCACGGAGAGGGUCCAGGGAGGUGGAACCGGAACCACCGUCAAGUUCUGGUUCGCUACUGGUGGAGCCGGGUUCUGCCUGAGCAGAGGCCUCGCCCUCAAGAUGAGCCCUUGGGCCAGCCUGGGCAGCUUCAUGAGCACCGCCGAGCGGGUACGGCUGCCGGACGACUGCACAGUGGGCUACAUCGUGGAGGGGCUGCUGGGCGCACGCCUACGGCACAGCUCACUGUUUCACUCCCACCUGGAGAACCUGAGGAGGCUGCCACCGGACACUGUGACUUUAAGCUAUGGGGGUCCUGAGAACCCACGUAAUGUGGUGAAUGUAGCCGGAGGCUUCAGCUUGCAGCAGGACCCCACACGGUUUAAGUCCGUCCACUGCCUUCUCUACCCGGACACAGAUUGGUGUCCUGUGCAGAAGCAGGGUGACCUCGUCUCUAAGUGAUCCUCGACCCUUGACCCAGAAGGCGGCUCUUGGGCAAAGCCUGCCCCCUCUUGGCCUCAGUGGACUCCUUCAGGCAGUCAUGGUCACAGCCACAUCCACAGAGACGUGGGCAGCCAGCAGACAAGGUCUGAUCAGCAGGCCUUCCCACGGCCCCUGGCAGGCCCAGGUGACCAGGCACUUUGGGGAGCAAGCACAGUGCUGCCUGCCCUGCCUAGGGAUCUGGACUCUAGUGUGCUAGCUGCCCCUCCUUCCAGUCCAGCCCCACCCCAGAGGCUUGCCCCCACAGGCAAGAUCUCCACUAGGGUCUGGGGCUGAGAGGGAGCUGUUGUCAGGUGCCCAGGGCUCACCCUGCUGGAGAGGGGCCCCAGGCAGACUAGACCCUGAGGAGUGGGCUCCAGGCCAGGGUCUUGCAUGGGAUCUUCUCAGAGGCUUUACCUGCAGACCUCUUGAGGGAAGCUGCUCUCCCACACCUGGCUUAGUGCCCAGCAGGGCAUCUUGGUGUCUGGGGCAGUGGCACUCAAGGACUGAGGGUCCCCAGCUGGCCAUGCUCUUGGGCAUCUCCAUGUGGAAGCCACCUUGUUGGGGUGCCCCUGCGGCCAAAGCCCCUCUCAGGUUCCUCAGCCAGACCCCUUACUGGGAGCCUUAAGGUCACUCUCCACUCCGACUUCGUCCUCAGUACUGGUCUUCUCUCCCUGGCUCCAAGUCCAGGAGACGGGAGCCUUUGUGUGGGGCUCCGCCUGCAGUUGGACAGCCCCUCCACCUGUGUGGACUCACCUGCCUGUGCCUUUUCCCAGGAGGGGGAGUAGAGUGGCCCCCCCUGGCCUUCUCUCUGCUGUUGCAAUAAGCGAAUAAAAGUCUGAUUGUUACUUUC